UACUCUGAUACUACAAAGAUGUCUGAUAAUAAUAUUGACUGGUUACACAGCCACAGGGACAUGUGCAAGGUAGAUCUCUACAGCCCAACAGGACAGCAAGAUCAGGACCAGAAAGUGAUAUACUUUGUUGAUGUGUCCACCCUGAACAUGGAAGAUAAAGAUUCUAAGGAUGCUGCUGGUUCCAAUUCAGAAGGUGACUUAAACCUGGAGAAUCUGGAAGAAGAAGAAAUUAUUGUGAUCAAGGAUACUGAGAAGCAAGACUCGUCUAAGAUGGAGAGGUCAGUGUGCCUUUUCAAACAAGCUCCUUCUAAUCCUAUAAGUGUCCUCUAUCAUCUACUCAGUGAUCUUCAGAAAUACACCUUGUGUUUCCAACAGGCACUUAGCCCUGCAUCCUCUAGCUGUAGACGUCAAGUAGGAGACACAGAGGGCAAAUAUCACAAACUGCCCACUGGGAACUGCUACAGAGGCUAUGCCAAUCAACUGAAAAUGGAUUACGUGGACAAAGGACCUCAAGGCCAACAUCUGGAAAUGACAGCGGCCAAAAACACCAACAAUAACCAGAGUCCUUUCACCCCACCAGCCAAAUCUCCUAGCAAUCAGAGGACAGUUAUCUCCCCUGAUGGAGAAUGUUCUACGGAUGACCCUUCCUUCUAUGUCAGCCGACUAUCUCCUCUGGUGAUCCAGAUGGCCCGUAAGAAAAUCAAGGAGAAGUUGGAAGGUGGAAGCAAAUGUCUUCAUCAUUCAAUCUAUCCACCCAGUGGGGACAAGGGAAAAAACAGCCCUCGUAGUGCUGUGAGCAAGAUCACUUCUGAAAUGGCCCAUGAUGCUGUGGAAGUGACCUCUGCAGAAAGGCAGGGCACUGGGGAGGAGUGUAGGGAAGGUGGCCGAAAAACCUUGUAUAGUGAAUUAUCCAACAAGAGCAAAGGUGGAGACAAAUACAUGUGCCAAAGAGACAACAAAGAAUUUGCAGAUUCGAUCAGCAAAAUGUUCAUGGUUUAUGCAAAUCAAGUGGCAUCUGACACAAUGUUCUCUGUCAUGCAGAACUUGAAAGUUCAUAGCUCUGGGAAGCCAAUUCCAGCUUGUGAGGUCGUGAGGAGGGUGCUGUUAAAACACACCAAGGAAAUUGUGUCCGAUUUGAUUGACUCCUGCGUGAAGAACCUACGUAAUAUCACUGGGGUCCUGAUGGCCAACUCAGACUUUUUCUCAACUGUCAGGAGGAAUCUGUUCAACCAUGGGAAACAAAACACUGCUGAUAUCAUGGAGGCCAUGCUGAAGCGUCUUGUCUGUGCUCUUCUUGGGGAAAAAAAGGAAACUAAGUCUCAGAGUUUGUCAUAUGCAUCCUUGAAGGCUGGGUGCCAUGAUCCCAAAUGCAAGAACCAAAGUCUCGAAUUCUCAGCCAUGAAGGCCGAGAUGAAGGGAAGGGGCAAAGGCAAAAUGAAACCAGAGAAGUGCAAGUCAUUGACCAGUGCUGAGAAAGGCAGUGAACAUACCCUCAAGGAGAGCCUGACUAUGUGGAACCAAAAUCAAGUAUGUGAAGGUGAGAACAAACGUUCUGAGCCCAGGACAGACAAAGGAGCCUCCAUGUCCAAGAGGCCUGACAAAGGGGAAGAAAAAUGCCAGGACAAUCAAGAACUUGACUUUAUCAGUGGGAUGAAGCAAGUGAGUCGACAAUUUAUAGAUCAACUGGUAGAAUCUGUGAUGAAGCUGUGCCUUAUCAUGGCUAAGUAUAGCAACAAUGGGGCAGCCCUUGCUGAGUUGGAAGAAUAAGCAGCCUUGGCCAACAACCCCAACUACCAGGCCGGUGGCCCCAGAUGUAGUCAUGAUGCUGCGAUGUCACAGAACUAUCAAGACUCUCCUGGAACUGAAGUCAUUGUCAAUAAUCAGUGCUCAACAAGUAGCUUGCAAAAGCAGCUCCAGGCUGUCCUGCAGUGGAUUGCAGCCUCACAAUUUAACAUACCCAUGCUCUACUUCAUGGGAGAUGAUGCUGGACAACUGAAGAAGCUUCCUGAAGUUUCAGCUAAAGCAGCAGAGAAGGGGUACAGGGUAGGAGAUCUUCUUCAAGAGGUCAUGAAGUUCACCAAGGAACAACCACUGGAUGAAGCCGUGGGAAACAUGGCUAGAAAACAACUGCUAGACUGGCUGCUCACUAACCUGUGA